UGAAUUUCAGUUACUUGUACAUGUAGGUAAAUAGAUAUGAUUGGGGUGAGCUUCAUGCAGGGGUGCCAUGUAAAAUUGGUUAGAUAUCAAAGUUUAAAACUUCCUUUCAGACAACUAGUGUAUUGUAGUGAAUGAGAAUUAUAUGUCUACAGGGAGUACAAUAUAAUAUUAUUAAUAUUUGUUAAUGAAUUAAUCUAUUACAGUCCUUAUGAUGGCAAGUGGAGUAAAACAAUGGCUGGCUUUGGACCAGAAGAUGAUCACUUUGUUGUUGAACUGACAUAUAACUAUGGUAUUAAAGAAUAUCAACUAGGAAAUGAUUUUCAGGGUCUUACAGUGCACUCCAAGACUGCAGUAGCUAAUGCAAAACAACACAACUAUCCAGUAACAGAGCAAGGAGAUGGCUGCAUCACUGUCAAAGCCCCUGAUGGAUACAAGUUUACACUGGUGGACCAGGAUGUGACUGGAGAUCCAGUCAAAAAAGUUUCUCUUGGAGUCUCAGACGUUGCCAAAUCUUUAGUGUACUGGCAGAACUUAUUAGGCAUGACAGUGUAUGAGCAGUCAGAGACUGAAGCAUUACUGGGCUAUGACUCGGAUAAGUGUAAACUUGAGCUGAUUCAUCUUGGAUGCCCAGUGGAUCAUGCAACAGCGUUUGGACGAAUUGCUUUCUCGUGUCCCGGCAACCAGUUACCGGCCAUUGAACAUUCAGUCAAGGAAGCUGGUCACACAAUCUUAACACCACUUGUUAGUUUAGACACCCCAGGAAAGGCUACAGUGCAAGUUGUCAUCUUAACUGAUCCGGAUGGACAUGAAAUUUGUUUUGUUGGUGAUGAAGCGUUUAGAGAGUUAUCAAAAGUUGAUCCUGAAGGGGACAGCCUGCUGAAUACUGCAAUGGCCGAGGAUAAGAGUGAUGAAUGGUUUUCCCAGGUUAAAGUUACUUCACACAAGAAGUGGACACUGUGAAGAAAUAAUGUUAAAAUCAAUGUAGCUUAAACAAAGGAAUAAUUUUAGGGGCAGUAAAUGCCUUUUAUUGUUCAGUCACAGCAGUUGCUGACUAACUUAGUUGUCAAUUUAGUCAAUCGCGAGAGGGAAAAGCAGAAGACGUUCUGUUCCA